GCCGGGCGCACGCCGCGUUCUGCCCGCCGCCACGGAGCAGAGGUACCGCAGACUGGAGGCGGCACUGACCCCGCAGCGCCACCGCUUCCUCGCGCGGCCCGGCGGGUACCGUGGUUGUCGCGGGGGAAACUCUCCGGCGCAUCCGAACUACAUCCCCCGCCGUGCCCCGCGGCAGCCCGUCGGAUGUCUGGUCGCUGCAGCCGUCCCCUCGGGGCGGGGAAGCGGUGCGACCGCCGGCGCGCUCGCAGGCGAAAGUGGGAACGGCCGCUCUUACCGCUGAAAGGCCGAACGGAGGAGUGAGAGCCAUUGGUCGAGCUAAGUCCCAAAAGUUGUCACCAUCAUCAACAGCUGCUUCCCAUCAGAGCAACUAAAGUCUGCCGAAGGAGUCGUUUCCCUUCUUUGCUGAGGCCAGGAGCCUAAAUGGGGUUUCUGAAAAUGAAUUUGAUGACAAGGCUUUCUGUUUUAUGUCUGAGGAAAAGCAAGAUGCAACAGAGGCAUCGAAGUAGCAGACGACCAGCUGUUCCACUUGGGUCACGAAUUUUAACUGAUCCUUCUAAGGUUUUUGAGCAUAACAUGUGGGACCACAUGCAGUGGUCACAAGAAGAAGAGGAGAAUGCCAAGGAAAAAGUGGCAGAGAACUCACUUGUGAAAGUCCAAUGGGAAGACCAAGAUAAAUAUGAGAGAGAAGCCAGUAAAUACUGGAAUGAAUUUUACAAGAUUCAUAAAAAUAACUUUUUUAAGGAUCGGAAUUGGCUUUUUCUGGAGUUUCCAGAGAUUCUCCCAGAUAAAGGAAAAGAAGAGUUGAAACCAGAAGAACGGUCUUCAGAACGCACAGAAAUAAAUAGUACUGACAGUUUUUCACAGAGAAAGGAAAUGUUUGAGGAAGGAGAAAAAUAUUGGAAGAAAAAUUAUGGAGGUGGUUCUACUUCUGUACAAGGAUAUGUGUAUGAUGAAAAACAAGUGAAAUCUCUUACUGACAAUCCUCAGGGUAAAAACUGUGAAGAAGAACUUGGCAGGCUGGAAUCCUUCCCUGGUAGUGAUGCCACUUACAGAAUAUUAGAGGUUGGUUGUGGUGCUGGAAGCAGCGUCUUUCCAAUUUUGAAAGUUCUGUGCAACACACCUGGAACCUUUCUAUACUGUUGUGAUUUUGCUUCAGGAGCAGUGGAGCUGGUAAAGUCACAUUCGUCCUACAAUUCAGCCUGGUGUUCUGCCUUUGUUCAUGAUGUGUGUGAUGAUGCUUUACCUUAUCCUUUUCCAGAUGAGAUCCUGGAUGUCAUUCUCCUUGUCUUUGUGCUCUCUACUAUUCAUCCUGACAGGAUGCAAGUGGUUGUAAAUAGAUUGGCUAAACUACUGAAACCUGGAGGAAUGCUGUUAUUUCGAGACUAUGGAAGAUACGAUACAGCGCAACUUCGAUUUAAAAAAGGUCAUUGCCUGUCAGAAAAUUUUUACGUACGAGGAGAUGGAACCAGAGUGUAUUUCUUUACCAAAGAUGAGAUACGGAACAUGUUCAACUUGGCUGGAUUAACUGAAGUACAGAACUUAGUUGAUCGGCGAUUACAAGUAAACCGGAAGAAAAAAGUGAAAAUGCAGCGAGUUUGGAUACAGAGCAAGUUCCAAAAACCAUUGCAGCUCUCUCUGAACAAUCCUGAAGAAACCACAGAAAGGCACCCUUGUAGAUAAUUGUACGACGAACUCCAGAAACUGAAGCAAAUGUGGUAAAACCAAGACAAGUACUUGGGACAUAUAUCUACAAAUCUGCUGCAUCUGAAGAGGACAACCAAAAUGCAGAGCAGAUGGAGAGACAGCGGGAAUUCUAGUGACACAAGGGGAAAGUUUCUUGUAUUGGAAACUACUGUUUCUGUUUUGUCUUCUGCUCACAACUCAGCUAAUCUCCAGACUGCUGUUUAAUAAUGACUAAAAAUUUGUGAUAAACCAUCCUGAAAGUUCUAUUAAACACCAGUGGAAAUCGCUUAACAUAAAUGUUGCUAUUUCAUUUUGAUUUGUGGUGUAAUGUUUCCUCACCAUUCUGCUGUGCUCUUUGAUCUGUUGAAAUAUGCCUCAUUUCCCCUUUUUCCCCAUACAUAGUAGACAAUUAAGCAGUUUCCACAGGACCUAUAUAUAUAUAAACAUUUUCAGUAAAGUUUGCUGGCUGGGUUAUUUCUAGGAUCAAAGCAAGAGGGUUUUAUUCUGUGCAGAACUGAUUGCUUUUUCUUUUUGUGUGAAUGCAAUGGAUUGUUUAGAUUCUAAAUUAGUAUAGUGGUAUUUGCUGUAUUUUUAAGUUAUUUUAAGCCAUAUAUACCUUAGAGUAUGCUCUUUGGAAUGACACUGUUAAUACUGGACAGUUCAUACAUAAACCACUUUUUUUUUCAUAGAGUGUCUUCAUAGUGGAUGGU